ACUCUCCCUCUCUCUCUCUCUCUCUCUCUCUCUCUCUCCUCUUUUUAUGCUUUCUAUCUCUAGGCUGCUAGCUCUGUAAAUUGGUCUAUGAUCUAUAAAAUAGGAAUUUGAUUCUUCCAAUGCCAUUUCUGCAAGGACCAAUUUGGUUUUUCUUUGGAGAAUUUGAGCAAACAAUUGAUGGUGUCCAGGGUUCUAUCAAAUACCCAAUUUAGGAGCACUGUUUAGACUCUGUCGGUUUCAAUUCAAGUAGAAUUUCUUGAUAAAAAAAAAAAGAAAAAAAAAAUUAUUCAAGUAGAAUUUGAUGCUUUCUGGUCUUUUUUUGGGUACCCUCUUCUGAGAACCUAGGGUCUAUGCAACUACCCUUUGUUUGGGUUCUUGUGCUUUUGAUUCAUAUCUUCAACUUCUAACAGCUGGUAUAUUUCCAUAUCAGGAGUUCUCUAGAUUCCAUUAUUUCCUAGUUUGAAUCUUAAUUUGUUCUCGUCGUUUGGGUCUCAAAUUAAGAGAUUCAAGCUUGCUUUAGAUCAAAACUAGUGUUCAAUUGUGUGGAGGAUGUGAAAAAAAAAAAGGAAAAAAAAAAGGAAAAAAAAAAAGAAACAAGUAAAAAGAAAAGAUUUCAACCCAUAAACAAAAAGAGGGGAAAAGGGAAUCUUCUUUCUUUUUGUUGGUCUGGUGAGCUGUUUGUUACUGAGCCAUUGCCAUUUUUAUUUUCUUCUUUGUUUUACUUUAUGCUCUGAAAGGUUCACACUUUCUUGUCUCUGUGAUUUACUUUUUCCUACAUCAGAGAGUAGACUUGAUCCUAGGGUUUUUGAAAGCAGAAGCAAGUAGCUGGGUGCUGUGUAGAUUUUAUGCUUUGGUACAUUGGAUUUUAACUUUUCCUUUGUGUCUAUUUGAUGCCUGCAAUGAGAGGUUUCCUUUUGCUUUAAGACCUCUCAGUUCUAUAAAGCUGCCCAAGUUAUUUAUUCCUUGUUGAGUCCUGCAAGACAUUACCAGCUAAUUUUGGUCAAACUCACUCACUGUUCAUUAAGUAUAUCUAUUUAGGCCUUGUUUGGGGUAACCCUUGAGUUGGGUUUUCUUCUUAAGGUGUAUAAGUUGAUUUCCGUAGGUUUUGGAGGUCUUGUUUUUGUUUUCAGUAUAUGGGUACUGAGGAUAACUGCAGUUUGAGAUUUCAACAAACAUGUGGUGGUGGAGAUAGCAUUCUGAAUUGCCCAUCUUCUGUGAUGAACACAAAUCCACUGUCUGACAAGGUUGCUGAAAUGGCAAUGAGCUCUGGGUCCAUGUUCAAAUCUUCUAGUAGUGGUGCAGACCUUUACUUUGGUUCUGGUUGGGACCCACUUGUUUCACUUGGUCAAGGUAAGAAUUUUGGAGGCUCUUCAGUGGUUCCUAGCAGUGAGUUUGGUAAUUCACCUUACUCUGUUGCACUUGAAAAUCAGGCUAUACCCAGUAGUACCUCUCAUUUUGUUCACUAUCUAUCUGAUUCUGGUCUCGUUGAGAUGGUCCCAAAGCUUUCAUGCCUUGGAAGUGGGUGUUUCUCAGAUAUGGCAAGUCCCUUUGGCUUACCUGAGUGUGCCCAGAUUGCUAGUACUGGUUGUCCUUCAAAUUAUACCCAAAACGACCAUGGCACUGAAAAGAUAUCAACAAAUGGUGCACUUUGUCAGGGAGAGUAUCCAAUUUCAGAAGAGGGUAUAAUGGGCAUUACACCUUGUGGAAAGGGGAAAAAGAGGGUAUCAGAGUCCAAUUCUCCCUUCAAUCCUACCAAGAAUGGUGAGGGAGAUCCAAACACAGAUAAUUCUGGCAAUAGUUCCGAAUAUCGGGAAGUACAGGAUGGGAAGAAACAGAAAAUUGAACGAAACGUAAGUGCUGAUUUGCAUGGUAAGCAAACGGGUAAACAACCAAAAGGUAGUUCCAACAGCGGAGAAGAAACUAAAGAAAAUUACAUACAUGUGAGGGCAAGACGAGGCCAGGCAACGAAUAGUCACAGCCUUGCCGAAAGGGUGAGAAGAGAGAGGAUUAGUGAGAGAAUGAGAUUGCUUCAAGAACUUGUUCCAGGAUGCAAUAAGAUCACAGGGAAGGCAGUAAUGCUUGAUGAAAUCAUUAACUAUGUGCAGUCCCUGCAACAGCAAGUUGAGUUUUUGUCAAUGAAACUUGCCACUGUCAAUCCAGAAUUGAACAUUGACAUAGAAAGAAUUCUGUCCAAAGAGAUUCAACACUCGCGAGGAAGCAGUGUAGCUAUUCCUGGAUUUGGUCCCGGAACGAGCUCUUAUCGCCCUUACCUACAAGGUUUGCCACAGGGAGCCUUGCCAGGUGUCCCGAGCACAUCUCCAUUUCAUUCUAUGCCUCAGAUGCAGAAUGUAUGGGACAAUGAGUUCCAAAGUCUUCUCCAAAUGGGAUUUGAUUCUAAUCCUGCUAUCGGCAAUCUGGGACCAAAUGCAGGCCGGUCAAAAUUGGAGCUAUAGGGUUUUGGAAGAGAUCAAAGUGUUUCUUUACUUCCAAGUGACAAUUCAAUUAUAACUCCAAGAAAAGAAAAGGAAACCAGAAAAAGAAAAAGAAAAUUUUAUUUGGAGUUGUAUAGGUUCUCAGCUCCAACUGUUUGUUUCUUCGAAUUUUAGCAGAAGAAGAAGAAGCUGACUUGUUAGAUUUACCAACCAUAUGUGUAUUCAGAUUUCAGACAGGGACACCGAGGGACUUUGAUUGAUGAAGAUGAUUAUUGUUUUCAUUGGUGUUGUAGAUUUAGAGAGCUAUGUUUGAAGGUUUGUACGUGUUUUGCAGAAACUUUUCUGAAAAGAAAAACUUUCUUUUAGAGAGUACAUGAAGUUGAAACGAAAUACUUGGAAAUAGAGGAGAGAUUGUGUUUCAUGUCAUUGCUUAAUGGACAAACUCCAUUCUGUCUCACCAUAUGUAAAUGACUUCAUAGAUUUCUCCACUUUUUGUAUGACUUGAUGCUGAAGCUGCCUAACCUUGUAUACUGUUAUUUGUGUUUUUA